AUGGCUAUGAAUCGUAUUCCCGGCCAGAACAUCUAUAUUGGAGGUAUUUUCUCCCUUAAAAACAGGGCAGCAUUGGAAAGAGCAAACAUUACCCAUGUACUUUCGGUAUUACGCCUGCAACCACAAGAAGAGACAUUUGCAGGCUUCCAACAUCAUCGCAUCGAUGUGGACGAUGUCGAGGAUGAGAACCUCCUAGAACAUUUCCCGUCCGCCAUUAAGUUCAUCCAGUCUGGAUUGGAUGCUGGUGGGGGCGUCCUGGUCCAUUGUGCGAUGGGAAAAUCCCGUUCAGCCACCAUAUGUAUCGCUUAUAUGCUCCACCAACAGCCAAGCGCACUGACGCCGCAGUCCGCUCUUGCUAUUAUUAAGGAGAGCCGGCCACUUUGCGAGCCAAAUGAUGGGUUCAUGAAACAGCUGUCGAUCUACCACGAAAUGGGCUGUCCAGACGAUGUGAUCAGCCAUCCGCUGUAUAGCCGUUGGCUUUACCGCCGCGAAGUUGAGGAAAGUGUAGCAUGUGGGCGCGCGCCGGAGAUGAAUUCCGUGCUAUUUGAAGACGAACAGCCGCACAAACCCCAAGACAAUACGGAUCGAACAACGGAAAUUAAAUGUCGGAAAUGCAGGCGAAACUUGGCGACCACGCCAUUCAUCAUACCACAUGGCCCGCAGAACGGUGCAAAGGGACCAACCGAUUGCGCCCACAUUUUCUUACAUCCUUUGACGUGGAUGCGCCCGUGCCUUUUCCCUAACGGUGAAGAAGAUGGAUCACCGUCUGGGGAUGCGCCCUUGUCUGGUCGCUUGACCUGCCCGAACACUUCGUGUGGUUCCAAUAUCGGGAAGUUUGCAUGGCAGGGUAUGCAAUGUAGCUGCGGCGACUGGGUAGUUCCUGCAAUCGGCCUUGCGAAGGCUCGAAUCGAUAUGUCCCAACGUGUCAAUGUGGGAAGAUUACCUCCAGCUGCCCUAGGCAUCCGACUGCCGCCUAGUAUGAGGCGUAAUCCUGCGGAGGAUUCCACAAAUGGACGGGGCAAUCUCUAA